AUGGCGAGUCAGAAGUUUUCAAACUUCUCUAUUGAUUACAUCUUGGGCGACACCAGCGGUCAGACACCUCCAGUGGAUCAUCCAUCAUCUCCGCCGGAUUUCCCAGGACAUGUGACCAGACCCGAUCAACUUUAUCAGGAUGGGUCUGGAGGUCAUGGUGAACAUGUAGCACUGAUGAUGAACCAUCAUCUAUCACCAUCCUGGGCAGGAAUGUACAGCUGCUGUGGUCCGGUCUCAUAUUAUCAGAUGACCUGUAAUUCCGAUUACAACUCGUGGCAGCAGAGGCCCUUCAACACACCAGGUUGUGAUCCAGCGGAGAACCAAUGCCACCAACAUGCGCCCCAAAGACAGCGCAACAGAGUGCGAACGGUGUUCGCGGACCACCAGACGCAUCAACUCGAGCGACUCUUCGCUGUCACAGACUACCCUACCGUGGAUGCCCGGGCGGAGUUAGCGAAGAGCACCGGCCUCACCGAGGAGAUUGUGCGGGUGUGGUUCAAAAAUCGACGCGCACGAAGAAAAAGGCAAGCGACCCGCCCUGGCAAAAGCGCGAAGCAUCCUCAGGAUCAUCAUCACAAUACAGAUUAA